GUAUUUUCUCGCGCAACUCUCUCGCUGUCGUUUCACUCCGAGUCGUCGUGCGCGUGGUGCACGCUGGCAGUGCUUUCUCGUCUCCUCUCGCCCGCGGUAGUCAUCGGCCAAUUGAGCUUAAUUGAGACGCUCGCUCUCUACGUCUCCGUGACUCAGCCGCGACGGCCGAGCGGUCUUUCCUUCACCGACGCGCUUGUACCGCUGAUUCAGCGGUGAGCUAAGGGCGCAGCAUGUGGGGCUGAGAGUCAUGAGCGUCACGGGGCUGCCGCCGCCACUGCUGCUGCUUCUGCUGCUGCCGCCGCUGCUGUUCUGCGACGCCGUGAGCGUGGUGGACCACCACCCAGACGACGAGUACGUCGUCGAGCAUGAGGUCAGCUAUCAGCAGGCCGUGAAGCGAGCGAGGAGCCUCGAGCUCUAUCCAGGUCCGAUACCGGGCUGCAAGCCCUGCACCAGCGACGAGAUGAGCUACUGCGCGGACCAGCGCGUCAUCGACGAUCACUGCUGCUGCGACAACGGCUACAACGAAGUGCUUGAUUUCGUGGAGCACACGUGCCUCGUGGGUCCGGAAGCCUGCCAAGUGAAGGCGGGCGACUGCGCCGAGUACUCCCGGUUGCGCGAGUGCUGCUGCCACACGUAUCUGGCUUCCUUAUGGAAAUACAAGGCGGGCGGAGCGAGCGGCACCCAAGUGACGAUCUGCCUGCUGGCGUCGCUGCCCGUCGCCCUCGGGGCCGUUCGAUGACAUCCGCACCGAGGUGUCGAGCCAGUGGACUGAUCUCGCCGCUGAAAGAGCCGCGGAGAAGCGGCAGAGAUCUACGUUGCCGAGCCGCGGCGCGUUACGCAAAAGCUCUCGACACGCAAAGUCGCCGCAACCCAUUGUCAUCGUACCGUUUUAUUGCCUCAGCCGUAGCCAAGGCACCAAGGCUCUUGUCUUUUAUUCUCUCUAUUUCGCGUGUUUUAUUGGAAGAUUGGAUGGCCGCGGUACGAGAGGAUGCUUGUUUUGUUGUUUACGCGCGACGACCCGCAAGCCGAAAACUACUAUCUGCGGUCUUUCGCGUCCUUCGUGUACAUAUAUACCUUUGACAGGACUGCUACACGAUUCAAUGCCUAUUUUUAAGGGAACGAUUGAUUUCGAUGUUUCUCGUGCCUCCCAAUGCAUCGGUUGUCAGCCGAGCGUUCGGUCGACGAAGCACUCUUUUUUUAUUUUUUCUUGUUUUACGAAUACGAAAUGAAAAAUAAUCGUUGCCUUCGCGAAGAUUAACUGCAUGCAAUUGCGUAAAGCCGACACUUUUGUUUCAGUAUGCCAUCUUCUCUGCAUUCAAUUUAGUAUCGCAUGACAAGCAAAAGUGACGACGAUUAAAUUUCCGAAAGAAAAUGAAAAUUUUACUUUGAACACAAUGUAAUUUUUAAUUGGCAGCCCCAUGUCAUCCACGUGUGAACGCUUCAUUGUUUCAUCGAGAACCGUUCUCGCAAUAAUAUUUCAGAAACACGCUAAAUUUGGAGAAAUUUCACUUAUUUAUUUUACUAGGCUCCAAUGUUUUAUCUUCAUUAUAGCUAUUGUUGAAUGCAGACAAACGCGUCACGAGUCGCGUUCGUAAUCGAAAAAUGUUCCAUCGCGACUUCAAAACAAUAAUUAUUUGUUGACAAGCGCGUGGAACUCACUCGCUCAUUCAUGAGAAAAUUUAAUGGUUUACGAUUCGUUCAACUUGCUGCCAUAAUAACCAUCGAUCUUCGUUAGUAUUACAUGACCAGCUAGGACAGUCCUUAGUUUUAUCUCUUAAUUUUUUAAUCAAUGUAUGUAAAGUUGUAAAAAUAAUUGUUUAUUAUUUGAUGAAAAAUAUCUCUUAACGCGUCUGAAAACAAACAUUAUAAUCUCAAAAAAGAUUUCUAUCAAGUUUUCAAUAAAAAAGUACCACGAAAAAUAA